CACUUAGCGGUUAAUAUGAUGAACAAAUGCGGAGGUGCAACGUUUGUCCCUUACGACUUUCUGUUGAACGCUGCCUCAAUGUCGGCCCCCUUCAUGUCUCUACAAAGAUGUUGCCAGCGGUCGGCUCUCCUCAUCGUUGCCCGACGACAGUGGAGCUCCAGCUCAGUGUCUUCCCCUCCCCUGCACACCAGGCUCCUCCUCUUCCUCACCCAGCGUUUCUAUGAUGUAGAGAUGCUCCUGAGCUGGGGGUCUCAGCUAAGAAGGAGGGGGAUUCAGAAAAAAAAUGUUUACUAUGGCUACACUCAGAAGUUGUAUGGGUCAGACAUAGCAGCAGCAUAUUAUAUCUUGAGUCUGAAGGGAGGAUUUAGGUAUGUUGGCCAGCCAGAGUGGUUCCGUGCAAACCAGAGGGGCAAAUUCAAUUGGGAUUUCUUGAAACACAAAGACACACCUCUAGAGGAAGUAAACAUGAGCUACACAGUCAUCAACUACACAGGGCUGGGGAACCUGGAGGGACAGAAAUCCCUGCGAACUUUGUCAUUACGAGGAUGUCCUGAGGUGGAUGACUGGUUCCUGGCCAGGCUCCAUAUAUUCCAGGACUCUCUGGAGGAACUGGACAUCUCUCACUGUCCACGCAUCACUACAGCUGGCCUGGCUGCACUCAGGAAUCUCAAGGGACUGCGGCGUCUGGACGUGUCGUCCCUCCCUGGGAUUUCAAGUCCUGGGUUGGUCGUUAUCCUGCUGGAGGAGAUGUUACCGCAGUGCCAGAUCACCGCUACUGGCUAUGACCAUAGCCUGAGGCAGGAGAAAGGAGAGAGAAUGGAGGAGCACAUGGAAGGGCAGAGGUAGGGGCUCAGAGGAAUCAAGGGACUCAGUAGAAAAUGAGAAAGUCCUCUGAGAUGGCUCUGCUGUCAGUUCAUUGUAGUCUGACGGAAAGGGUCGCUGACGGAGCAAAGAGACCAGUAUGAACCACUGGUCGCAUCCAGUGAAAAAGAAAAGAAACAAAAACAUGUACUAACUCAAGUUUGUUUUAUAAUUUGGCAGCGUCAUCUAUCUGCAAGUUAAGGAUGUAAAUCUAAAUGUGUGCAAAAUCAUGUCUGUCUCAAGCCAAUUGCACUGUCUGCAUGUUAAUUAUAACAUGCAGGUUUUAUUUGCUGAAAUGUAAAUAUGAUUGUAAAUGUACUGAAUAAAGACUGUAUUGUCCAAUAUCA